AUGGUGUGCGAGCCCUCGGAACCUACCCCUCGGCUCCCUGGCCGGGGCCACAAGCCAGUCCAGACGUGUGCAGUCAAUAAAAGAGGCUGCAACUGGAUGUGCAAGGACACAGCCACUGGCGUGCGAUGCAGCUGCCCCAUUGGAUUCACACUGCAGCCGGACAGGAAGACAGGCAAAGACAUCAACAAGUGCCUGGUCAACAACGGAGGCUGCGACCACUUCUGCCGCAACACCGUGGGCAGCUUCGAGUGCGGCUGCCGGAAGGGCUACAAGCUACUCACCGAUGAGCGCACCUGCCAGGAUAUCGACGAGUGCUCCUUCGAGCGGACCUGUGAUCACAUCUGCAUCAACUCCCCGGGCAGCUUCCAGUGCCUGUGUCACCGCGGCUACAUCCUCUAUGGGACAGCGCACGUUGGGGAUGUGGACGAGUGCAGCAUGAGCAACGGGAGCUGUGACCAGGGCUGCAUCAACACCAAGGGCAGCUACGAGUGCGUCUGUCCCCCGGGGAGGCGGCUCCACUGGAACCGGAAGGACUGCAUGGAGACAGGCAAGUGUCUUUCUUGUGCCAAGACCUCCGCCCGGGCCCAGCUGUCCUGCAGCAAGGUGGGCGGUGUGGAGAGCUGCUUCCUUUCCUGCCCAGCUCACACACUCUUCGUGCCAGACUCGGAAAAUAGCUAUGUCCUGAGCUGCGGAGUUCCAGGACCGCAGGGCAAGGCACUGCAGAAACGCCACGGCACCAGCUCUGGCCUCGGGCCCAGCUGCUCAGAUGCCCCCACCACCCCCAUCAAACAGAAGGCCCGCUUCAAGAUCCAAGAUGCCAAGUGCCACCUCCAGCCCCACAGCCAGGCAGGAGCAAAGGAGACCACCAGGCAGCCGCUGCUGGACCACUGCCAUGUGACAUUCGUGACCCUCAAGUGUGACUCCUCCAAGAAGAGGUGCCGUGGCCGCAAGUCCCCAUCCAAGGAGGUGUCCCACAUCACAGCAGAGUUUGAGAUCGAGACAAAGAUGGAAGAGGCCUCAGACACGUGCGAAGUGGACUGCUUGCGGAAGCGAGCAGAACAGAGCCUGCAGGCCGCCAUCAAGACCCUGCGCAAGUCCAUCGGCCGGCAGCAGUUCUAUGUCCAGGUCUCAGGCACUGAGUACGAGGUAGCCCAGAGGCCAGCCAAGGCCCUAGAGGGGCAGGGGGCAUGUGGAGCAGGCCAGGUGCUACAGGACAGCAAAUGCAUUGCCUGUGGGCCUGGCACCCACUUCAGCGGUGAGCUCGGCCAGUGUGUGCCAUGUAUGCCAGGAACAUACCAGGACACGGAAGGCCAGCUCAGUUGCACACCGUACCCCAGCAGCGACGGGCUUGGUCUGGCUGGUGCCCGCAACGUGUCGGAAUGUGGAGGCCAGUGUUCUCCAGGCUUCUUCUCGGCCGACGGCUUCAAGCCCUGCCAGGCCUGCCCCGUGGGCACGUACCAGCCUGAGCCCGGACGCACCGGCUGUUUCCCCUGCGGAGGGGGUUUGCUCACCAAACACAAAGGCACCACCUCCUUCCAGGACUGCGAGGCUAAAGUGCACUGCUCCCCCGGCCACCACUACAACACCACCACCCACCACUGCAUCCGCUGCCCCAUCGGCACCUACCAGCCUGAGUUUGGCCAGAACCACUGCAUCACCUGUCCAGGCAACACCAGCACAGACUUCGAUGGCUCCACCAACGUCACACACUGCAAAAACCAGCACUGCGGCGGCGAGCUUGGUGACUAUACCGGCUACAUCGAGUCCCCCAACUACCCUGGUGACUACCCAGCCAACGCUGAAUGUGUCUGGCACAUCGUACCUCCCCCAAAGCGCAGGAUCCUCAUUGUGGUCCCUGAGAUCUUCCUGCCCGUAGAGGAUGAAUGCGGCGAUGUUCUGGUCACGAGGAAGAGCGCCUCGCCCACGUCCAUCACCACCUAUGAGACCUGCCAGACCUACGAGAGGCCCAUCGCCUUCACCUCCCGCUCCCAGAAGCUCUGGAUCCAGUUCAAAUCCAAUGAAGGCAACAGUGGCAAAGGCUUCCAAGUGCCCUAUGUCACCUACGAUGAGGACUACCAACAACUCAUAGAGGACAUCGUGCGCGAUGGGCGCCUGUACGCCUCGGAGAACCACCAGGAAAUUUUGAAAUUUCUGCCCAGGGUGGCAGCCAGUGCCCCACUAGAGAGAAGAGACACUGGGGCUCAGCGAGGGCGGGGACUGCGUCUGCCCUCCAGAGACUGCCCUGGAGGACAGCUCCAUUGGCUGCCUAGAUCCCCGCAGCAAACCUGCACUGAGCACCGCUGA